GUAGGGGGCGCUCGGAUGUGGCCCCGCCUCCCGCGAGCCGCCCGCGCACGCGCCGUAGACCGAGGUGGGCGGGGCGGCCCAAGGAGCGCGCGGCCAUGGAGGCCCGAGAGGACCCAGCCGCCGCCCCCGGCCCGGCCCGCGCCCCCGCCCAAGUGUCUAUCAUCCUCCCAGUCCACAAUGCUGAACCGUGGUUGGACGAAUGCCUCAGGUCUGUUCUGCAGCAGGACUUCGAAGGCUCCUUGGAGCUCUCCAUUUUCAAUGAUGCCAGACAAGUCCAUGACUAUCAUUGAAAGAUGGAAAGAGGAGCUAGAGGGUUCCGGCAUCCUCGUGGUCAUUGGAGGGCACGACUCUCCUUCCCCCCGAGGAGUUGGAUAUUCUAAAAAUCAAGCAAUAGCACAGAGCUCGGGGUCUUACCUCUGCUUCUUGGAUUCGGACGACGCGAUGAUGCCGCAGAGGGUGAGGCUACAACACGCAGCUGCUGUGCGACACCCGACAAGUAUCAUAGGCUGCCAGGUGAGGAGGGAGCCCCCUAGCUCCACCGAACGGUACACACGUUGGAUCAACCAGCUGGCGUCCGACCAGCUGCUCAUCCAGGUGUUCACCUCCAAUGGCCCCACCGUGAUCAUGCCUACCUGGUUCUGCUCCCGAGCCUGGUUUUCUCACGUGGGCCCGUUUGACGAGGGCGGGCGGGGUGUCCCCGAGGACCUGCUCUUCUUCUACGAGCACCUCAGGAAGGGCGGCGGGGUUGUCCGCGUGGACCAGAGCCUCCUCCUUUACCGCUACCACCCCGGCGCAGCCACACACUCCGUCCUCGAGACCACCAUCUGGACCCACCGAGUCCGCUUCCUGGAGGAGCGGGCCCUGCCGCACUGGGCGACCUUCACCAUCUGGAACGCAGGCAGGCAGGGCCGCCGGCUCUACCGCAGCCUGACAGCUGAGUCGCGGCGCAAGGUGGUGGCUUUCUGUGAUGUGGACCAGAACAAGAUCAAGAAGGGUUUCUACUGCUACGAGGAGUCUCAGGAACGGCCCAAGCCGCGGGUUCCGGUCCUGCACUUCCGAGCCGCCAGGCCACCCUUCGUCAUCUGCGUGAAGCUGGACCUCACGGGGGGCGCAUUUGAAGACAACCUGCGGUCGCUGCACCUGCAGGAGGGCCGGGAUUUCCUUCACUUCAGCUGACGGACCCACGGCAGCCACGCCCAGGUGCUUCCUUCACUGUCUGGUCCCCGUUUGCAGCCCCACCCAGGUCUCCUGACCACCGCCUCAAGAUGACCACCCAGCACACCACCUGCUCCGCACUCCCUCUGCGGCUGCUUCCCAUGACACUGUUUCUGCUGCUCUGCCCCCACAGACCCGCCACCUGGACACAGGUGGGCCCCGUCUGGAGCAGGCGGUUCCCUGGGGCCUGUUGAGAGCAGGUGGGCCCAGCGGGCUCCGGAUGGCUGAGGCCGCGGCUGAGCAGGUUUUCCUUGAGCUGCAGUCGGCAGCCCUGGAAGAACUGCUUCUCCAGACGGUAGCGUCCAAGUGGUGAACUGGCCGGUCUCCACGUCUCAAAGGCCAUUUCUCUGGAAUCUUUUUUGUUUAAAUUAUGCUGAAAACAGUUCAUUUUAUUCCUUCUCAAGAACUGCUUGCUUGGUUUGCCACAGCAGAGGCCCCGACAGGCUCGGUGGGCACUGUCUCCGGCCCCCGUCUGCUGCACGGACGCAGGCGGGCCCUGUGGGAGGGGCGCCUGCCCACCAGCGUGGCCUCGCAGGACCAUCCCUGUGACGUCCACCAGCUGCGGGGUCUCUGGCUGGAACACUCCCUCAUUCUCGAGGGGGAGGCGUGUUUUAAGGCUUGAACGAAAUGAAAAAGCUCAGCGUAAGAGGUGAGAUCCUCACACGAGUGUAACCCACGCUGUCUCUUCCGGGGGCUAGAGAGGACUUUCCGCCAGUCUAGCGCGUGAAGGUAAACGUUCUUGGGAAGCCCAACAGCUUAACCCAGGCAGGAAACCCCAACUCCCGACCAAGGCGGCAGCAGGACGUGUCCCGGCCCCCCACGCCUGCCUCCACGAGGGGACUUGGGCGCAGCAGCGCUGUCCUGGGCUCGUGGCCCCAGACUUCGCCCCGGAGGUCCUGCACCUGCCCGUCCAGACCUGAGCUUGUGGAACAGCAGCACGGGGACGGCCGGCGUGAGCACAGGCCGCCAGGAUAGAGCAGCCUGUCUUUACCCGUGUGUGACCUGUGCUGGACAAACGAGGAAAAGGUGCAGCUUUAUCAAGAACAACCCACGUGGUUCUUCCCACAUCACCGGAGACCCACGUCCUGGAGGCUCCACCACGGGUCUGGGUGCCCCUCCUGGCAGAUGUGAGAAGCCACUUGCCCCACGGAGUCCCAGCUGGAGUUCCGAGUGGCCGUCUCAAGCCCCCCGUGUGGUUGGAGCUGGUCCCGGCAGGGUGCUGAAAAGGCAGUGUUGGCCUCUUCUGAUGGAACGGAGCUGCACUGGAAGCGGGGCUGGGGGGAUAGCACCCCAUCCGUGCCCACCCUGAGCAACAGCCUCUGGCCCUCGUUGCAUCUGACAGUGAACCACCUGCGUCUCUGAGCGUGUCGGCAGCUAAGACCGUGCCCGGGGAGGCCGCGCAGACACGGAUGCGUCUGCAGAGACAUCCCAGCACAGGGGAGGGCACGACCCCACCCCCGGCGCCCCUACUUUGUCCUCCCCGCCAGCUUUGGGGUCAGACACAAACAGACGCAGACUGCUCAGCAUAUGAUUUUAUAAGACUCACAUCUAGAUCAAUUCAAAAGCACCAACAGCCCAGGUCACUGGUGCACAGGACGCAUGAGGAAAGGCCGCCUCCGGGUGCCAAGCUCUGCGUCCCCCACACGCACCAGUCGGGGUCCAUCCAGGUCUUCCAUGCUGACCACGCACCGGUUCCUCCUCCCCACCAGGCACGAGGGCUCGGCUUCCGGGGUGGCCUCAGCGGGCACUGGGCUGUGGGGGGACACAGGACAGGGUCAGGCCGGGCCGUGCUGUCUCCCCGGCCCGCCCAGACCCUGGUUCUGGCAGGAAACUGCAUCUGUGUCGUUUCCUCAAACACAAGCUUGGGCAGCGAGUGGCAGGGAGGUUGGCUGUACUGUCCCAACUUCACCUGUUUGUGCGACAUUUUCCUAAUAAAAAUGUAAAAAGCACG